AUGCACUGGCCCAGCAAAGACCGGAGCUGCGACUGGAACUCGGCCAUCGAUUCACUUCACCGGGAUUAUGUCGGACCUUCGUCUGCCGCCUCACAUGUCAUCGUCACCGGCACUACGAUGGAGCUCGCAAAUUUAAGCUCGACUUUUUCAGAUCGCAAAGCACGGACAACUCCCAGAGCUUACAGUUCUCGAUCUUCCCUCAUGUUAUUCCUCGCAUUCUUGGCCCACUUGCUCUUGCUAGAUGUCGGCCUGGCUGACACUGGAGCUCCUCCACUAAACACCAACCCAACUUACCCGGGCCGACAGCAGCAGCCCCAGCACUCCGACCUGGAUGCGUGGAUUGGCAAACAAGCCGAGCUGUCUUGGUCAAACGCGCUCUCUAACAUUUCCCCUAACGGAGCCUUACCUGGGAUCAUCGUCGCCUCUCGUUCAACCUCGAAGCCCGAUUACUACUACAGCUGGACUCGUGAUACAUCCAUAGUGUUGAAGGAGAUCGUUUGGCGAUACCAGCAGUCGCAUGAUCCGAAGCUUUUGGCUCUGAUCAAGCAAACUAUUUCGGCCACUCAAGUCAUACAGCGUUCAUCUUAUGGCGCGGCUGGUGGUCUCGGGGAGCCCAAGUACUUCGUCAACGGCUCGGCUUUUACUGGUCCUUGGGGUAGACCACAAAGAGAUGGACCAGCCCUUAGAGCUACGGUGUAUAUCAAAUUUGCGCUUGCCUAUCUCAGUGUUGGUGGCCCAGAAGCUGCACAAUAUGUGAAAAGUGUCUUGUACGAUGGCCAAUGGAGAUCUCGAUCCGUGAUAAAGGCCGAUCUCGAAUACAUUUCGAACAGCUGGAAAGAACGCUCGUUUGAUUUAUGGGAAGAAGUCAAUGGUUCCCACUUCUUCACCUUUGCCGUGAUUCACCGAGCGCUAAAGGAUGGUGUGAGCUUUGCGACGAAGAUGGAAGACCAUGGGGCAGCCGCUUGGUACCAAAAGCAAGCUGAUCAGAUUGGCGCUCAACUCGACUUGUUUUGGGACAAGCAAGCAAGAUACAUUCAAGCCAGUCGAAACUUUGUCGAUUCUCAUGGAAAGAAAUCUGGCUUAGAUGUCGGAACCUUGCUGGGCUGCUUGCAUGCUGGAACACAAACUCCGGAGUUGUUCAGACCGGAUUCCGACAAAAUGGUCAAUACCUUCCACGCUAUAUUGGAGUCCAUGGCGUAA